AUGAUUUUAAUCUUGCUGCUUAACUGUAAUAAGGUCUUCAUUCUCUACACCGAUCUCCAAGUGCAAGAUCACCAGUCUCCUACUAGCGCAAUGGCCUCAUUCCGUGGCUUGGGCCACGUCGAUUCUCAUCAAGACAUUCUUACGGUUAAAUAUCUACUGACAAACCCUGUAGCGAAUGUUUCUGCUGCUUCCGAGUCAGCCUCGUCUUCGGAACUACCACUGCCAGCAAGAUCAAAACGUUCAAGAAGAGCUCGGAAGAAGCGGAUUGCUUGUGCGCCGGAUUUAAUUGAGCUGGAGAUGCAGAUCAUUCAGGACAAAACUGCUUUACACAGCCGCAAAGGAGACACUGGGAGCGUCGUGUGGAAAGCCAGUGUGGAUCUGGCGUUCAGCAUCCUACAACAUGAGCGCUUUCCAUCGACUCUUCAUCCAUUCUUGGAUCUCACACAAUUGAAAAACGCACAUCUAUUAGAGUUGGGGUCCGGCACAGGAAUACUUUGUGUUGCACUUUCACCGUUCGUGCGCAACUACACAUGCACAGAUUUACCUGAUCUACUGCCUCUCAUCCACAAGAAUCUCGUAUUAAACUUUCCCGAAUGGCCUCAAGACUCUAAUAUAUCUUUGACACCCUUAGAUUGGGUGGAACUGCAAAAUACUUCUCCGAGCAACCGUUCGCGAGUUUUCAAUUUUAAUCCUGUCGAUCUGAUCCUGGUUGUUGACUGUAUAUACCAUCCUUCUCUAAUACCUCCUCUUCUGGCGACAAUCGACUACAUUGCUAUCCCAAAUGUCACUACGGUGCUAGUCGUAGUUGAGCUCCGAGCUGAGGAUGUCAUCCGGGACUUCUUGUCUUGUUGGUUGAAUGUCCCCGCAUGGGAGAUUUGGAGGAUAGGAAAGGGUGGGGAUGCGAUAAUGAAGAGACCGUAUGCUAUGUGGGUUGGAAUGAAGCAUACUGGUCGAUGA